UGAUAUUUAUCUUUUAAAAAUUUUCAAACUUCAAGGGGUAAAUUGAAACAGUUCAUUACCGAAAUUGAAACAAGUGAAGCUAAAUUAGAAAAGAGACUUGCUAGGUACAGCGGAGAGAAAGAGAUGGAGAGAUGCCUCUGGUGUUGAGCACUUUGCGAGGAUUGGCGGCAAUGAUGAUGACCCUCCAGACCCAAGUGUACCAACUGCCACCCACCACCCACCAUGUCUCAACCUUCAAACCCAAGGGAUUUGGACCUCUCAACCGCUUCUCAACAUGUACCUUCACCUUCACCUUCACCUUCCCCUUUUCAUUCCCACUUCUUGUUGUUGUAGCCGCUUCUGCUAACUUAAGAUCUCAAACCAACAUUGUCAGUUCUCUGAAUGGCAAGUUUGAGAUCUUGGGUUCCGAAAAGAAACUUUCUUGCUAGCUUUUGUGUUUCGAUUCUUGUCUUGGACCUGAACGUUCCUGCAUUAACCGAUGACAGUGAUAACGUUGGGGGUGAUGAAGUAUCGCAGCUUUGUGGGACACAUAUGAGCUUCCUUCCUCCGCCGUACGGAAAUUUAUCGAAUUUGGUCUGCAAGCCUAUUUGGAAUACCUUUAUCUUGAGGUACUCCCAGAGUGAAGAUCAUGUUCUGAACAUUAUAUUAUCAGCUGUAUACACCACUGGGUGGGUGGGAAUGGGAUUUUCCAAAGAUGGAAUGAUGGUUGGUUCCAGUGCCAUGGUUGGAUGGAUUAAUACAAAGGGUCAUGCAAGAAUCAAGCAAUACUAUUUGCAAGGUUCCAAGCAAGGGCAAGUCAUACCAGAUAAAGGUGAAUUGCCACUCACUGGUGUUCCUGCUUCUGUGGGGCUCAAUGGGGAAAUGAUUUACUUGGCAUUUCAGUUGAAAUUUCAAACUCAACUUGCUCGCCAGCCCACUGUCUUGGCUUUUGGAAGCUCAUAUCCAAAGAACUCCCACCUAUCCGAGCAUGAGGAUAAAACAACCAUCAUGGUUGACUUCUCGGCAGGUUCAGUGUCCAUUGCAUCCACUGAUACUGGCCAGAUGAAGAAGAAUCAUGGGAUAUUGGGUAUAAUCGGAUGGGGUCUGAUCCUUCCUAUUGGGGCACUUGUCCCCAGAUACUUGAAGCAUAAGGACCCUCUAUGGUACUACCUUCAUUCUGUUUUUCAAUUUGUGGGGUUUUGCAUUGGCCUUGCCGGCGUGGUACUUGGACAACGACUUUAUAACAUAAUACAAGCCGAUUUUCCAAAGCACAGAGGCAUCGGAAUCUUUGUUCUUGUACUCAGUAUUCUUCAGAUUCUGGCAUUCUUUCUACGGCCAAACAAGGAGGCCAAGAUCCGCAAGUCAUGGAAUGUGUACCACCAUUGGGUUGGGAGGAUUGCCCUCUUCUUUGGAGCUUUGAACAUUGUGUUGGGAAUCCAAAUUGGAGGUGCAGGGAGAGAUUGGAAAAUAGGCUACGGAUUUCUUCUGGGUGUUAUUAUUGUUGCAGUCAUUGUUCUGGAAUCAAUGGCAUGGAUGAGAAGGUCAGAGAAGACAACUACCAUGGAUCCAUCCUUCCAAAUCAAUCCAGUUGAAUAAAUUACAUUCAACUACUUUUAUUAUUCAAAGCCCACUUUACUGAAACAGGUUAAUGGAGGAUCUGAAAUUAUAUAUAGCUUGUACUGAUUUGCAUUUUUGGAAAAGCGUCAAAGCUUUUUGAAUCUCAGUCGACUUCAAUUUUCACAGCAUCUUGUUCCAACUUGGGUUUUGAUUCUACCCUUCUAACAAGUCCAGUGCUGAUGCUAGAGACUUGCUUAAAGGGCAGGAUUAAAUUGAUAAUCUCAAUGCCAUCUUCCCCCUCAAGCUAACUAACAGAGUGAUGGACCUCCUCUUCCUUUAGUAAUGCUAUUUUUCAUCUUUAAGUUUUAUCCUUCAUAAUCGCAUGCUGGUGUAAUUAUGUAGUAGUUGCCACAUGAAAAACCAGAUUCCUGCUGCGAGAGUUAACUGUAAUAGGAUAUUAGUAAUGAUCUCCCACCCCUUAUGUAUAUUGUAAACCAUGUUUAAGAUAUAUGAAACGUGCUUAGUAGAA